AUGUCUUCGAAUCUUACUCUAUCAACCGAUAAUGACCUCGAGAAGACAUGGCGGCUAGUGGUACAAGAAUUCAGCAAGGAGGCAAACCUGGACUGGGCCAAGGUAAAAAAACCGUCAAUCGAAGACGUUAUCAGCAAGAUCGAUCCGAAGGAGGCGAAACCAGCAACGAAAUCAAGAGCAAAAGACUUUGUCAAUGAUACAUUAAGUUUCGUUCAGAAACUUGGGAAGAUCAUAUCUCCUCUUGCAGGAAUGGCCUUGGGGCCGAGUGAACAAUGCUUCAACGCCCUCAACUUUGUCAUUGUCGCCGUGCAAGACUACAAGAAGAUCUUCGAAGACUUGACUCUACUUCUGGAGCGAGUAUCCGUAUUCCUCCGGCAACUCAAUAUCUAUAUCGAAGACCAAGAUGACAGAGGUGUUACGCUGGAUGAGCGACUAAGGCCAAGCGUCUAUCGUGUUCUUGAGCAUUUCAUGGCCAUUAUGACCCUGACUGUCCAAUUUAAAUCCAAGAAGUUCAAAGUGAAGGCUUUUGCAAAGACACUACUACUCGGGGAUGGGAGCGGUGUUACAGAAGCAUUGGCCAUGCUCGAGACGCGGGUAUCAGAUGUUGUCCGCAUACAAGUUUCAGUAAUCGGGAAGGAUCUUUCCAAAGCUGCACAAGAUAUCCGCACUAUGAAGACCGACUUAGAUCUCAUUCUCAGAUAUGACGAAGAUACCAGAAACAGUCUGAAGAGACUGGAAGAAAACCAGGAAGCAAAGGGGAAACUGUCUGUUAUCCACUCCUCGCUAAAUCUCGAUACUCUCGACUUAGCGCGGCGCCGCCAUGCUCAGAUCGCCGAAGAGCGCGUGGAGAAUACCGGUCACUGGCUGUUUUCAAGAAAUGAAGCCUUUGUUAGUUGGAGUGACAUUGAGAAAAACACUCCACCAAUGAUAUUGGUGAUUGGUGAACCAGGUUGCGGGAAGACAUUCUUAGCCUCAGCCGUGCUUGCGCAAGCUGACAGUGCCUAUCGAGAUUUCUUAGCCAAAGCCUGUAAGAAAAAUGUUGGAAAUAAUACCAUGGACGAAAUCUGGCAGAAUCUCGUUGUUAAAUAUGAACCCAAGGAUGAGACAAGGUUUUUCAUGGUCAUAGAUGGAGUUCAGAGCUCGGCUGAUGCCUCGCCGCUCUCAUCGGUUAUCGGAACCCUCACAAGCCAACAAACAGAGCGCCAAUCAAAGGAUGGUCUACAACUUCGGUUAUUCGUGACCACCGUCCCUCAGAUCAAUCGGAAACUCCCGGAUGGCAAAGGGAUGACUAAAAUUUCGCUUGUCCCUGGGCCAAAUAACGAAGUGUUAGUGCCCAACAUUGAUGAUGUCCAAGAGGUUAUCAGCGAGCGCCUCCUCCAGCUGCCCAUCUUUCGGAAUGACACAUCACUGUCAGAAAUGUCCAAGAACCAGUUGAUAAAAGCCAAAGUCUCGCAAAAUGUGCAAAACUGUUUCUGGCGCCUCGAUCUUUUGCUCCGCGAGUUCGAGCAGUGUGUCAACCAACGGCAGCUUGACAAAAUUAUCAGACAAUUGACCGACGACACCUCAGUAAAGAUUUACAGACAGAUUGAAAGAUUGAAUAAGACUCUGCAUCCAGAUGAGAUACUGGUGGUCAAUGCACUAUUGAUGUGCGUUCAGAGUUUUUCCUCGAUUGGCUGUCCGCUCAAUCUUGAUGUAAUCGAGCAAUACGUUGAUCUGUCGCUCGAAACACCACUCUUCUACAGUCUCAAGAUCCAGAUAGAGAAGAGGUAUCAUACUCUGUUCGUAGUAGAUACCGAUAACAUCAUCACCUGGCGUUACGAGAUGAUGAGUAAACAUCUAAUCGAAAGUGCCAAAGACGACAAGACGAUGGAUGAGAUCCACAAAAAGCGAGGCAAACGAUACGAAGGCGUAGAUCUCGAGGAACUUGAUCUCCUUGAAAAGAUUGUCUGUACAAACUUGACAAACACACUUGGAACACACGGGCAGAAGCUAUAUGACAGAUAUGGAUUUGCGGACUUCUUCGAAUCGCGACGCGGUCAGCGGAAGGCUACCAUACGGCUUGACGUUAGCGAAUCCCACAUCCAUAUCCUAAACAUGUCUUUGAAAGCUCUUUGCGAGGAUGUUCAGGGUUUUGAUACCGAUCGAAUACGGCGGUUUACUCACAAAAAUCUCUUUCGGCUGAUCGAGCAGGCUGACCUUCGCAAAGCAUCACCUAAGCAGGUAAAGUCAAUAGGAGCCUGUUUGGUGAGGCUACUUCGAAGGGAUGGGAUGAUUGAUAAGUGGAGCAAAGAUAAGUUCUCGAGGGCUAUGAUGGGCGACUGCUUUCGCGAGGUUCGAGAAGACAUCAAAUCCUGGCUAUCCAAGAAAAGGGUUGCUGAAGCUCUAGAAAACGACAAUGAGAAAGAACUCGUCGGCAAAGACCCUGCUAAAAGCUGUAUCAAGGAAUCAAUGCAUGAUUGGUUGCAUCGGAUGUGCCCCGAGUCGAAGGAGAUUCUGAUGCUUAAGCGCAUGGCGGAGCUGGAAAAGUCCGUUAUGAAUGAACUAGACAGGAAAUGGUUGAAGGAAAAAUGUGAAGAGAUCCGAAAAUCGGAGCCUGGCAACGAGUGGGUGAGGAAGUUUCUAAAAGGAGAGCGUGUAGAACCUCAGGAUCCACUACAGCAUUCUCCUAAAGAGAAAAAGACCCCAGUCAAGAACGAGUACCGAAAAGCACAAUCAGGGAGAGAGUUCAGAGGGCCGUUUGCAUGA